GUACCUCUCCCUCUCUGCAUGCAUGUUGGUGGUUGGAGAUGCACCCGAGCCGGUCCAUGUUUUCCCCGCUCACGUGUACCGGCUGCUCGGCAGUGCCAGUCAAGCUGUCGCUAAAGCCGAGAGGGGAGCUUAUUAUGGGAGCUGCUCCUGCUGUCGUAUAUCAGCAACAGCCAGCAUUUCUCCAUCUCCGGCCAUGGCUCCAAGUGAACGCUGUCUCCUCCGCCUGCAGAGCACCAAACCAGGAGUGAAGUGUUGUUAAAAGCCGUUAAUAAUGAAGCGAGGAAGGACGGGUCUCAAAUCAAAGUGCCAGCGCCUCCCCUCCCGGGAGGAGAGGGCUAAACGACAGAAGCGGGAGGCGUCCAGCUUCGACCUGUCUCCAGCAGAGGACUGGGGUAAUCUGCCCCACCACGUCGUCCUGCAGAUCUUCCAGCAUCUGUCCCUCGUAGACCGGGCCAGGGCGUCGUCUGUGUGCCGCCACUGGAAUGACAUCUUUCACACCCCUGACCUGUGGAGGAGGUUUGAGUUUGAGCUCAAUCAGCCAGCUACGUCAUACCUGCGCUCCACUCAUCCUGACCUCAUUCAGCAGAUCAUUAAGAAGCACGCCCAGCACCUACAGUACGUCAGCUUCAAGGUGGACAGCUGCACAGAAUCUGCAGAGGCGGCCUGUGACAUUCUCUCCCAGCUGGUGAACUGUACCAUUAAGACCCUGGGGCUGAUUUCCACAGCACGGCCCAGCUUCAUGGAUGUGUCUCAGGACCACUUUGUGUCUGCACUGACAGUGGUGUUCGUCAGCUCCAAGUCCCUGUCCUCUAUCAAGAUCGACGACACGCCAGUGGACGACCCGUCCCUGAAGGUGCUAGUUGCCAACAACAGCGACACCCUGAAGUUGCUGAAGAUGAGCAGCUGUCCUCAUGUCUCACCAGCAGGUAUCCUGUGUGUUGCAGACCAGUGCCAUGGCCUCAGGGAGCUGGCGUUGAACUACCACCUCCUGAGUGAUGAGCUGCUGCUCGCCCUCUCCACUGAAAAGCACGUCCACCUGGAGCACCUGCGCAUUGACGUGGUGAGUGAGAACCCCGGGCAGACAAACUUUCACACCAUCAAAAGAAGCAGCUGGGAGGCUUUGGUCCGACACUCGCCCAAGGUCAACAUCGUCAUGUACUUCUUCCUCUAUGAGGAGGAGUUUGAGCCCUUCUUCUGCGAGGAGACUCCCGUCACCCACCUGUACUUUGGCCGGGCAGUCAGCAAAGAGAUGCUGGGACGCAUCGGCCUGAACUGCCCUCGUCUGGUGGAGCUGGUGGUGUGCGCCAACGGCCUUCAGCCUCUGGAUGAGGAGCUGAUCCGUAUCGCCGAACGCUGCAAAAGCCUGACUGCCAUCGGGCUGGGCGAGUGUGAAGUGACCUGCAGUGGCUUCGUGGAGUUUGUAAAGAUGUGCGGGGGCAGGCUGACUCAGCUGUCAAUCAUGGAGGAGGUGUUGAUCCCCGACAGCAGCUACAACAUGGAGCAGAUCCACAGCGAGGUGUCCAAGCACCUUGGCCGCAUGUGGUUCCCUGAUAUGAUGCCCACCUGGUAGGUUGACAUGACACCAGUGUGGAGGACAUGAUGCCUACUAUAAGGCCUCUACACGACGAGUAUCUACAGUUACACAUUUGCCUGUUAAAAUAACGUAAAGCUUCAGUUUCAGGCUGCAGUGUGAUGUGCUCUUUCUGCACAAUGUCAGUGGUCGUAUGGUGUCAAAAGCAUUGAUACUGUUUCAAUAUAACAUGUUUAAAACAAUCUGUUCAUUUUACAUUCAAUGGUAUCAUUGGUUGAUGAAGUAUUCUGGUCCCUUACUUAAGUAAAAGUACUAAUACCACACUGUAAAAUUACUCCACUACAAGUAAAAGUCCUGCAUUCAAAACUUACUUAAGUAAAAGUACAAAAGUAUCAGGAUUAAAAUGUACUUAAAGUAUCAAAAGUAAAAGUACUUGUUAUGCAGAAUGGACCCACUCAGAUUGUUUUCUAGAUUCUAAAUAUAUUAUUAGAUUUUUAUUAUUCAUGCUUUUAUGUAAGCAGUGUUUUAUUUUAUCAAGGUAAGGCUCAUUAUAACGGCUUAAUAUACUUUAAUGAGGUUUAAUUUAAAAACAUGUCUAAUCACUUUAAAUUGAUCAUGUCUUUCAUGUUAAAUCUCAUCCUGAAAAGUAACUAAAUCUGGCAGCUAAAUGUAGUGGAGUAACAUGUAGAAUAUUUGCUUCUAAAAUGUAGUGGAGUAGGAGUAUAAAGUUACAUAAAAUAGAAAUACUCAAGUAAAGUGCAAGUACCUCAAAUUUGUACUUAAGUGCAGUACUUGAGUAAAUGCAGUAAGUUACAUUCCACCACUGAAUAGUAUCAAAAGUGCCCAAGCUAGAAAAAAAAGCAGAUCUGCAAUUGUAUUUUCAAUCCAAGGCCACAUUGAUGAAUACAAACAAAUACAAAUAUGUUGGUAUGUGUUCCGUGACUUUCAGUGUACCAGCACAAGCUGUUCAUUUCAUUUUGGUAUCUAAAGAGUAAUGGAGUAUCAUUUUUUUAUAGUAGCAUGCCAUCAGCAUUUAAAAUUCCUUACAUCCGUGUUCUUGGGUCAUUUCUAAAGCUGUAACUUGUAUUUUUAACUGCCAUAAAUUUGAUGUAAAUGUUUUCUUACCUUUAAAAAACAACUGUAGUGUGAGCACUAAGCUUUCUCUAUGCAUAGAUAUUGAAAUGUGAAAUCUUGAAUGUAGCAGGUUCUUUCAGUCGCUCACUGCAACCUUACAAGCAUUGUGCAUAAAGGAUGUGGAUCUGUCUUCUGCUGGCUACUUAUAUUAAAUGCAUCACACGUAUCACUUAUCCUGAACAGCAUCUCCUGCACUAUCAUCAGUGUAUGCUGUUCAGUGAUUUACAGGCCUCGUCUACUCCUCCUUAAGUAAGUUUAAAAAAGUAAGUAAAGACUAAUGCGAAUGCAGAGAGAACAAGAGUUUCCAGUUGAGCCUGAGCAGGAGUCACACCUUCAUGUAAAACACAAUGGUUCUUUUAUUUUCUUGUCUAUUUCAUUUUUUGUCAGUGGAGACCUUAUAAUCCCCCUUUUAUUGCUGUUUUGAGGAUCCUGGUUUCACACGAAACUAGAUCUUGGUAAUCCAGUAGCACCAACCAUUUUGUUGGGAAGGAGGCUAAAUAAUGUUACAUAGUUAGGCUGAAACUGACAUGACCAUUUUCAAAGAGGUACCAUUUGAACCCUAGAUAUCUGAAUGAAAUUGGUUUGUAUUUGUACCCACAAGUCUCUCCAUUACAGACAUGCCCACUUUAUGCCAAUACCAUGCAGUUUGAGGCAAAAAAAAUCAUGUUUUUCCUCAUGCACAAAUCAUUAAUCAAAUCAUUAAAUUGCAUACAUUUGGUAUCACUGGAAAGAUGAGACUUGUGUGGAGAAAAAUAGGAGGCGUUAAUAUUUCAUCCCUGGCAGUUAAAAAUCAUCAAGAAUAAGAUAAAACACACGCACACACCCCAAAAUGUGCCCUUUAAUAUAAGGAACAUCACCUAUAGUGAGUCAUAUUAAAAGCAGUGUUGCAGGAUUUUUUUCUUUUGAAGUUAUGUUUUUGCAUUUUUAUCUGUGUUUGUGUUGGAGCACUUGCUAAAACAGAUGAAGUUUUCCACACUGGAUGUCUUUACAGUGUUAAAAAUAGUUUUAUUUUUUACCAUGCUAUUUUUUUUUUACCACGUUAUAAAUGUAUUUUGUGCAAAAAGUUCUGGUGCAUUAGAACAAUAGUAUGCAGGGCAACACUGUAACACGUGACACAUUGAAGCAGUGGUGAAGAUUUGCCUUGUAUUUGUUAAUUUGUCACUUCAUAUGUUUCAAUGCUUUUUAUGCGUGAAGUCUGCAUCAUUGUUAUUGCUUCUUUGCUGUAUUUAAUUCUCAAUAAACAUUAUGUUAAAAACA